AUGGCCGCUAGACGUGUUGAGAUGUUCCUUCUGUCGAGAAGUGUGCAUGAUUUGUACACACUAACCAAGGAGGAAUUGUGUUCAGUGGCUGAGAGGUUUCAAGUGGAGUUGAAAUCCAAGAAAAAGGAGGAAAUGCAGGCGGAGUUGAAAAAUGCUCUUGUGGAGAGGAGCUGGUUUGAAAAUGAUGGUGGUGAAAGUGAGGAUAAUGGUGAGGAGAGUGUAGGGGAAGGAUGGGCCAGGCAUGCAUAUGUGAAUUUGAGUGAUCAAGAGGCGAUUGAUUAUGAAGUGGUAAAGGAAGCGGUGUUGGGACCAAUCCGUCCGUGUCCGGAAGUGUACCGGGAAAGGUUCCGCAGGACGACAAAACGCCCAGGUGAUACUUAUCUCGGGAUGGCUCGAGAGGUUAUCCUUAAACUGGACCGGUGGCUGAAGGCCGAGGAAGCCACUACGCUUGAAGAGGUAAAAGGAGUUAUACAGAUGGAACAAUUUAUGAGCCAAAUGCCCCUCAGUGUAAGAUGUGAGCUCGCAUCACACGACGUGAAAGACGUGAUGGAAGCCGGACGCAGAGCUGACAAGUACUGUGCGGUCCGUGGGCUGAACGGAGAUGAACACCAUGGAGGGAGAAAGCCAUUCUCCAACAGAAAUGAUGGUCAUCAGAGAUAUAUGAAUGACCGUCAGAUGAGCUCGACAUCAGUCCACAGAUCAAACCAGCCCCGCCCUAACAACUAUAGUUUUCCCCACACUUACACCAUGCCCCCGCCAGCCGACCACAACAUGAGGUCUACGCCCUAUAGGAGUAGGCCCAGGAGCACUACCUAUUACCAGAAGGAUAGUGGUGAUGAAGGUGCAGUUAAGUGCCUUGGAUGUGGAAGUAGCGGACAUAGGAAGUUCCAGUGUCCGAAGGGACGGCCGAAGCCAGUGGGAGCAGUUGCCGCCCAAAGAGACCUGAUAAAGUAUGUGGAGAAUAUGACUGCUCAGAUACAAGAGGAGUCACAGAGGGAUGAAGGCUUUGAGCACUUCACCAGUGAAGGCACGGUGAAAGUGGAGGGAAGUCCUCAGAAGGUGAUCAGAAUCCUUCGAGAUACAGGGGCUAAUCAGAGUCUGAUCUUAAGUAGUGUACUCCCAUGGAAUGAGGAGACCAGCACUGGCAGAGAGGUCUCGUGCAAGAGCGCAGGAGGCAAGUUUAGUAUUCCCUUGCACAAAGUUUGGCUGGACUGUGGAUACGUCACUGGAGAGGUGACGGCGGGAGUGAAGGAGACACUGCCUGUACAUGGAGUGGAUAUGUUGGUCGGGAAUGACCUGGCUGGAGGUCGAGUCAUUCCUAAACUUAAGAUUAAACAGUCCUCUGGCAGGAAUGACAGAGGCCACCACUCUGGCAGCAGUCCCUCACUCAGCAAAUGGGGAGGUGGAAGUGCCUGA